AUGGAAGGUAGCCGUGCAGGAAAACCGAAGAACCAUGCCGGUAUCGAGCGGAAGAAGCUAAAGUACAAAUUCCUCCGUCUUUGCAGGAAUAUAAGAACUUCAGGCCAAAAUUCCUGCCAAAAAUGCGCAUUCCACGCAGUACACCCCUAUAUUCCUUCCGUCAAUGUCAUUGACCUCCUUCGAUCUGGAUUCUCAUCGCUCGAUGAUGGGCAAGCAUCUGUCUUGAAUGACAUCGCAAAACUUGAACAGGAGCUAGGGACAGUAGAGUCUCUGCUCAUCCAAAUCAGAGACCGACGCAACAAAAUCCUCAAGGACCUUGGCGACUUCAAGUCCCUCCUGGGGCCGAUUCGUCGUUUGCCGAGAGAGACGUUACUCCAUAUAUUUAACCUCGUGUCUUCUGAUAUUCCCGACCCUCUCGACGCUCCGUGGAUCCUUGGCCAAGUGUGUUCCACUUGGCGGAGUAUUUCACGUUCUUGUCCCUCGCUGUGGACAAGGAUCACCAUCCCCGAAGAUUACGACAACUAUCCUGCAUUUCUCAAAGAAUACAUCUCUCUCUCCAGAGAUUUACCUGUUCAUUUGUCCAUAGAAGAAUACCCUGGCUCGGAAAUGCUGAAAGCUCUCGAGGGCCUACUGGUGCAUUCGGAGCGUUGGUCAACGUUGGAGCUGACCAUGAUCAGAGACGAUGUAUUUGAAUACAUGUCUCUGGCCGCAUACCCAGCCAUUCAAUUGACGAAACUCAGUAUCUACACUGAUGCUGACAUUCGGCUGGAGUCCAAGCACGUGGUUUUCAACAGUCUCUUCUCUUCUUCGCCUAUCAGAGAAGCCCACUUUGAAGAUUUUCCCUAUUUACGCCUGCCCAUAAACAUGGCAGAGCUUCGCAAGUUGUUUGUAUAUUCUUACGAUCCUACGGAACUCCACUGCGUACUACGCCGGGCGCAACAUCUGAUUGAAAUUAGCGUUACACCAACUCGGCCUCCUCGCAAUUUCUCUACAUCAAGCGCAUACACUCCUGUCAUCCACACCUCUAUAGAGCGACUUUCAUUGGUUAUGACGCAUGAUAUUCAUCGUGUUACGAAAUUUCCGAUCAGUUUUGACUCCGUCACUCUCCCUGCGCUUUGUCAAUUUGACAUUCUGACGGAUGGAGACAAACCGCUUUUCCAAUUAGCGGAUGGGACCUUCCAAGAUGUCGAAUACUCCCGCAUGCUUGAUCUCUUUCGUCGAUCGGAGUGCAAUUUGACAAUUCUCAUCUUAUCCAUACCCGUUUAUGUCGAAUCAUUCCUGGUUCCCAUCCUCAUGCAAUCCCCUGCUCUCCAAAAGCUCGACAUCUUCAUCGACGCAUCAGUAGCAAAGGACGUCUUCAAAGUAUUGGCUCUUCAGCGAGGAUUGGCUCAGCAGUUAGAAGAAUUGUGCAUUGAAGAGGCUCCGUUCCGGACAGCGAAAAGCAGCCUUCUGGAGGAGGAAGAUGAAUUUCAUCAGAUGUUCCUUUCGAGAUCGGUUGGAAAUCGUCGUCUGGAGACACUACGCCUGGUAAUAAACACGUCAUGGUGCCAACCGCGACUACCCUUACCAGUAGGCAAAGAAUCAUCAUUCCGUGACUUGUUCAGGUUCAAGGAUGAAGGGAUGGAUAUCAAGUUCUUGUUAGACGGAAAGGAUUGUCUUGUUGAUAAGGUGGCACGUGUUCGCUUUUUUGGUUCAUCCUCGACGUACGAAUCUCCACGUUUCUACCCAUAG